AUGUCUGUAGCGGGUGUCGGCGAGUGUCCGGGGAAGGCCGGUCAAUACCGAGUGGAUCACCUCCUCAGCGCCGUGCAAAGUGAGCUGCAGGCCGGCAGCGAGAAGGGCGACCCCACGGAGAGGGAAUUGAAACUCUCUUUGGAUGACAGCGAACUUUGGGGCAAAUUUAAGGAUCUGACGAACGAGAUGAUAGUGACAAAAAACGGCAGGCGUAUGUUUCCCGUGAUGAAAGUCAACGUAUCCGGAUUGGACCCGAACGCCAUGUAUUCUUUCUUGCUCGACUUUGUAUCUGCGGACAACCACAGGUGGAAGUACGUGAGUGGGGAGUGGGUCCCAGGGGGGAAGCCUGAACCACAAACCCCCAGCUGUGUCUACAUCCACCCGGAUUCACCAAACUUCGGCGCGCACUGGAUGAAAGCCCCUGUUUCUUUUUGCAAAGUCAAACUCACCAAUAAACUUAACGGGGGAGGUCAGAUCAUGUUAAACUCCUUACACAAGUACGAGCCACGCAUUCACAUUGUGCGCGUUGGAGGCCCACGCAGGAUGGUCACCAGCCAUUCUUUCCCAGAAACACAAUUCAUUGCUGUGACAGCCUACCAAAAUGAAGAGAUAACUGCUUUGAAAAUAAAGCACAACCCUUUUGCCAAGGCCUUCUUGGAUGCAAAGGAAAGAUGUGAUGACAAAGACAUCAAAGAUGAAACAACUGAUCACCAGCAGUCAACGUAUUCUCCAUUAGGUGGUUGGUUUCUCCCCGGGUCGGCCUCUCUCUGCCCUCCUGCAACUGCAAGUUCUCACAGUCAAAUUGGAAGCCCAAUUUCCCUCUCGCCAUCCCACGGCUGUGAGCGCUACUCAACAUUAAGGACCCACCGUUCGAUACCCUACAGCACAUCUUCUUACAGUCAUCGGACUAACUCGCCCACAAGUUACACAGAUAACUCCUCGGCGUGUCUACCAAUGCUGUCAAGUCAAGACAACUGGUGCGGUCUGCAGAUGCCAACAAACUCCGGCAUGAUGUCCAUGACACACAAUCCAACUUCCGUUACCAACUCCAGUCAGUACACCAGUCUGUGGUCUAUGAGCAAUGCACCGCUGACCCCAGUUACCCCGGUCUCCCACCACUCCGGCGGGAUGAACAACACCAACCUGAACUCCCAGUUUCUGCGAGGCUCCAGCACUCACUAUCCCAACCUGGUUCACUCGGUGCCAGCGCCCUCCUCUGGCUCCCCCAUGUACGACAGCAGCAGUACAGAGGGGCACGACUCAGCUCAGUAUGAAGCUGCUCUGCAGCGACAUUCUCCAGCCUGGACUCCUGUCACGCUCCCCUCCAUGUGA